AAACAACGUCCAAGCUGCACUUCAAUAUCCUGAUCUACCAGAGCCCUUCCGCCAUAUUGAGCGACCACUGGCACAUUCCGAGAGGAGAUAGAGGGUGCCCAUUUCAAGGUUCGCAGCCAAGCAACUCUUUUCAUAGAUUGAGCUCGAGUCUGCUCGAGUGCCCGGCGCUCAGCAGAUGCAUGUGCUAUACAUGCGGAGGGAGUGAUCAUAGGUGAUACACACAGAUGAGCCGCAAGGAUUCCGACGAUGAGAUCACGGGCAGUACAAGAGCAGAAUACUCCUGAUGAGAAAGACGCCGUAGCCCUGUCGGCGGGCAAGAGAAGAUUGUCCUGAGUGUGGAUACAGCGGAGCGGGUCAAGAAGCGCCGUGAAAAAUGGAUGUCUGGAUGCUGUACUGCCCGCGCUCGCCGAUACGCAGCCUACAUCAUGGUGUGGUGAGUUCCCUCGAUGAGUUUUCUACUGGGUCUGAUCCCGCAGGUCCAUGAACGUCGAGAUGGAACCGAUGCAUGCUGUGUAUGGUUUUAUUUAUAGCUUCGCUCGGGUCUGGAGGGAACAUGCAUGUGUCUGGAGGUGACAUGCAUGUUCAGGCAGGUCCGAUCGAUGCUUCUUCACUGCAAAGAAGAGUCCACCCAUCAAGCCAACUAUAGCAGGACUAUGUCGCAGAUUCGCCUCCUCUUCCCUGUCCCUGUGCAGUACUUGUUGAUGCGUCACACUGCACAGAACAAUGCCCGUGCAGCCUAGAAUCUUCAGUUUGGACUGCUAUGCUCCGACUCUUCUAUAAAACGAGACCCGUCAUCCACCUCUACCCCCAGAAAUCUCACCCGUCUUCGAAGCAUUCGACAUGG